CAAGAAGAGGUGGAGAGAGAGACAGACGCGAGAGAGAGAGUAUUGAAGAAGAAAAUGGCGGCAUCGUUUAGGUGGAUACUGCAACUGCACAAAGAUGUGCCAAAAGCCGCAAGGUUCUACUCGGAGGGAUUGGACUUCACCAUCAAUGUCUGUACUCUCCGUUGGGCCGAGCUCCAGGCCGGUCCCCUCAAACUCGCUCUCAUGCACUCUUCCAGUGAUCAGGUCAUGCAGAAAGGAUACUCAUCACUCCUAUCUUUUACGGUGACUGACAUUAACAAUACAGUAACAAAAUUAAUGGCUUUAGGUGCUGAGCUGGAUGGUCCCAUUAAAUAUGAGAUCCAUGGCAAGGUUGCAGCCAUUAGAUGUGUUGAUGGGCACAUGUUAGGUCUUUACGAGCCAGCCUGAAAGUACCAAAAGAAGCAUGUUGCCACCAUACCAGCAAGGCAGCAGCCAAAAGUAGAGCAUUGUUUCAGUAUUCCUUAUGGACAAGUGUAUUUUGAAGGACAUGAAAGGCCAUGAGAAAUAACAUUUCCCCUAUUUGGGUUGCAUACAUGCCGGGUGAUUCUUUGUUACACACAGAUCACCAUAGGAACAGAGAGUUUGUAGGGUGUUGGACCUUCAAAUCUGCCAGCAGUUAGAGGAAGGUGCUGCAAGAAGUGGUAUUGGUGUGGCCAUUAUUUAUCCAAUGAGGACUAUUGUCUGUACAAUGAGAGAGAGAGUUUGGGUGGGUCCUCCAUGAGUUCAAAAAUAUAAUAAGAAUUCAUCUGAGAAUGUUUUGAUUUUGAGAGUGAUCUUUGCAGUUAUAUUGAGUUUUGUGUCAAUUUUUACCUUAAAUAACAUC